AACAAAAAUUAGUAAAAAUUUUGCUUAAAACAUCAUGGUAGUUGUACCCGCUUUGGGCGUUGCAGCCGCCUCUGUGGGCGGCCUGCUCUUCAAAGCUAGCUCGGCUUCAACAGCGGCCGCUACAGCCGGCAUAGCCGCCAUAGGAGCCUCAAAAUUAGGUCUUGCCAUAGCGGCGGCCAUUAAAGUGGCCACCACAAUUAUUGGUGUGGGCAAACUCACCAUAAUACCCUUUCUAGUAGCCGCUAUAGCUUAUUAUAAUUAUGAUUUAUUUGAUCCCGAAAAUCGUCCCUUUAAUGUACAAGAAAUUGAGCGUGCUUAUGAUUUUAUUAUAAUUGGAGGCGGUUCAGCGGGUACAGUGUUGGCCUCGCGUCUUUCAGAGGUGCCACAUUGGAAGAUUUUACUGUUGGAGGCUGGUGGCCAUGAAACGGAAAUAUCCGAUGUUCCAUUGCUGUCGUUGUAUUUGCAUAAAAGUAAAAUGGAUUGGAAGUAUAGAACCCAACCACAAAAUACCGCCUGUCAGGCCAUGAAAGACAAAAGAUGCUGUUGGACUCGUGGCAAAGUUAUUGGAGGUAGUUCUGUACUCAAUACCAUGUUGUAUAUCAGAGGCAAUAAAAGAGAUUUUGAUCAGUGGGCCUCAUUUGGUAAUCCAGGCUGGAGUUAUGAAGAUGUCUUGCCAUACUUUCGCAAAUCGGAGGAUCAAAGAAAUCCCUACUUGGCCAAAAAUAAAAGAUAUCAUGGCACUGGUGGUUUAUGGACUGUACAAGAUGCUCCCUAUAACACACCCUUGGGUCCAGCUUUCUUACAAGCUGGCGAGGAAAUGGGUUAUGAUAUAGUGGAUGUUAAUGGUGAACAACAGACGGGCUUUGCCUUUUAUCAAUUCAAUAUGAGACGUGGUUCCCGCAGCUCUACGGCCAAGUCUUUUCUGAGACCAGCUCGCUUAAGGAAGAAUCUUCAUGUAGCUUUAUUCUCACAUGUUACCAAAGUUUUGACACAUCCCCAAACCAAAAGAGCCACUGGGGUGCAGUUUAUACGCAAUGGCAAAUUGCAAACGGUUUAUGCCACCAGAGAAGUUAUCUUAGCAGCAGGAGCUAUUGGCUCACCCCACCUCAUGAUGUUGUCGGGUAUAGGACCGGCAGAAGAGCUACAAAGAGUAGGUCUGCCUUUGGUACACCAUCUGCCGGGUGUGGGUCAGAAUUUACAAGAUCACAUUGCGGUGGGUGGCAUAGCUUUUCUCAUCGAUUAUCCCAUAUCGAUAGUGAUGAAGAGAAUGGUUAAUAUUAAUACAGCCCUGCGUUAUGCCAUUACAGAAGAUGGUCCCCUGACCUCUAGUGUGGGUUUGGAGGCUGUGGCUUUUAUCAAUACCAAAUAUGCCAAUGCUAGUGAUGAUUGGCCUGAUAUGAGUUUUAUGAUGACUUCAGCUUCCGUCAUGUCAGAUGGUGGUUCUCAGGUCAAGACGGCCCAUGGUUUAACCGAAGAAUUCUAUAAUGACAUGUACGGUGAAGUUAGUAAUCGUGAUGUUUUCGGCAUAUUCCCCAUGAUGCUGAGACCCAAGAGUAAAGGUUUCAUUAAAUUGGCAUCCAAGAAUCCUCUGCGUUAUCCGCUGCUCUAUCACAACUAUCUAACACAUCCAGAUGAUGUAGAUGUUUUACGGGAAGGUGUUAAGGCUGCUGUGGCCAUGGGUGAAACUCAGGCCUUAAAGAGAUUUGGUGCACGCUUCUGGUCCAAACAAUUGCCAAAUUGUCGGCAUUUACCUCACUUCACCGAUGAGUAUUGGAAUUGUGCUAUACGCCAGUAUACCAUGACAAUUUAUCACAUGUCCGGCACUGCCAAAAUGGGUCCUCCCUCUGAUCCCUGGGCCGUGGUAGAUCCUCAACUGAGAGUGUAUGGCAUACCGGGUCUAAGAGUCAUAGAUGCCAGUAUUAUGCCCGCUAUAACCAAUGGUAAUAUCCACGCUCCCGUGGUAAUGAUUGCCGAAAAGGGAGCAGAUAUGAUUAAAGAUCUUUGGCUAAGCUCUUCGCAAUAUCGUGUGAAAAGGGAUAUUCACGAAAAAUCCAAUAUUUGCAAUAUCACGGAUACCUCAAGUAGUUUAGGUGUUAAUAACCUAGAUGAAGUCUCAUAGCAAGUGUGUUCAUAAUUUAGUUAUGUUUUUUUUCCAAAUAAAAUUUAGUUAGUUACUUAAUUAAUUUGUUUAUAAUUUGAUAUUUAUUGAACUGAAAUUUGUACGACUUUUCUUUUUAUAAUUAUUUUACAAUAUUUUAUAGUCUGUUUGGUUACCAGUGAGUUAUUAAAUAAUAAUUUCUUUUAGAUUUAUUUUAUAUUGUUAAUUUGUGUAAAUAUUUCAGUCAGUUAAUGUUACAAAUGUAUUUUCUAAGUAAUUUUUAUAUAAUUUUAAGUUUAUUUUUAAAUGACAAAGAAAAAAAAUAAAUUUUUAAUUUAAAU